AUGUCGUCUUCGGGCGAUUCUCCCAGCGCCGCUCCCACCACUCCAGCCACUCUUCUAGCGCCGAAUUCCACGCAUAAUCCAAAUGGUAGUCUUGGGUUGGGCGACGAGCAGAUUAGCGAGGACGAGGCGCGCAAACGGAGAGAACAACUCAACAGGAGACCCUCGUACAGAAUGAUUCUGAAAGAUUUGGAGACAGCCGACAAGAAUCUGAAGAAAGAGCCCGAGGAUACGCCACCCGCAUCUAACGAGCCACCACCCUUGCCUCUACAUGUCCAGAUCCCCCCAUCAGCUCGAGGUUUGCCUGGGCCAUCAGCUUCUCCAUACGAUUCUCCUCUCGGCACAUCGCUCCUCCCACCGCCCUCGUCUACCGCUAUUCCACACGGUCUCGCGUUUCCUCUCAACGGCGAUCUCCAGCCGCAGCUCCAUUUAGACUACAAUCCUGCAGCACUUGCGGCGGCCGUGGUAGCCGCUUCCCAAGGUCGCCAACUGACGCCCACGUCUUCUCAACACGAAUUGCCCGGUCAGGGUACCCCCUCGGGAAGUGCCGGUUUGUUGCUCCCGGGCGCUGACCUGCAUGGAUUAAAGCCACCGAUGGGCGAUCUGGCCGCCAACCCUUUUGCCAAUCAUGUAGGACAAAAUAUCAUAGACUGGCAACAACAACUCCUUUCUGGAUACAACUCUUCCCCUUCACCCGUCUCGUCGAGACUUGGAGGCCCUGGAGGGUUAGGUGAAGAUGAGUCGACCAGGAAACGACAGGUUCGACUAUUAAAGAAUCGAGAAGCCGCCAAAGAAUGCAGAAGGAAGAAAAAGGAAUAUGUGAAAUGUUUGGAGAAUCGAGUGGCUGUACGCUCAAGGAACUCUACUGUCGAAAAGAGAAACAAGAGGGAUUGUGAUUCCUGCAACUCAUCCUCAUUGUCAGCUCAUAUCGACAGACAGGGUCAAUCCCCGUGUGCCAUGUGUACACGACCCUUCACCCCUAUAUUUCCUCAAAUUCCGCUCGUGUACACAAAAUUUCUCGCUUUUCAUACAUCUAUUACU